AUCUUAUACUCAGAUUUUCUCGUUGUUAGGAUCUUCAUACUUGACCAACAAGAAUCAAACUCCUAUCCAUAUGUAUAUAUAUAAGCACUCAGGCUAAUUCGUUAUCAUCAUAAUCAUACACAUUACACAUUCUUCUCCUGCAUAUACGAAAACAACUAUGAACAAUCUUCUUCUUCUGUCCCUCAAUAUUCAUGCUCCAUUCGCCACACCGUCAUCGUUCAACGAUCGUAGUUUACAGUUGGAAGAGGAAGAUCGUCCUGAUCAUCACCGUAAGAUAAAAAAAUCAUAUACGAAGGGGGGGUUGUUUGCUAUUGCGAACGCGUUAGCAACCGAAAGAGUUAUGAUCAAGAAACGUAAAUUAUGUGUGUUGAUGGAGGAGGACAAUAACAACAAAAAGAAGAGGAAGAUGCCAAAGAAGAUGGAGCGUGUGCCAGUGGUGAACAACGAAUCAAUCGUUCAGUUGAAGCGGUUCAUCACGGGUGAGAUGGGUGGUCUAGACAUGAAGCUUGUGAUCCAGAAAAUCUUGUAUGAAAGUGAUAUGAAAAAAGAUCAAAGCAGGUUAAACAUGCCGAUUUUGCAACUGAAAACACAACCACAUCAGUUCUUGACGGAUGAGGAGAUGAGAAUGGUUGAUGAAAGUAAAGAUGGUAUGGAGGUUAGAGUUGUGGGUUCGAAGCUGCGAAUGUAUGAGCGACCGCUGUGGUUGAAGAAGUGGCAUCUGGAACAGACGGACAAGUAUGUGUUGAAGACAAACUGGAACAAAUUCGUGGCUGAUAAUGAGGAUCUGAAGAAAGAUACGAUGAUUCAAGUGUGGGCGUUUCGUAAAAACCGAAAGUUAUGCUUUGCCAUUGUACCAGUGGAGAGACCCGAUGCUGUGAACAACGCGGCUUGACGGCUUAUCAAGUUCUUGAUUCUUGUUGAAAUUAAUACUACAGUUUCUUGUGUUAGACUUCAUUGAUUUCGUAUAGAUUUGAUUUGUUUAUU